AGUUUUAUAUACACCUGGACACACUGAUGAUCAUAUGGCUUUACAUCUAGAAGAAGAAAAUGCUGUGUUUUCUGGUGACUGCAUUUUAGGGGAAGGAACAACAGUAAUUGAAGACCUGCAUGAUUACAUGAUUACUUUGAAAAGGUUGUUACAAAUGAAACUGGCUUUAAUAUAUCCAGGUCACGGCCCUGUAGUACGUGAUGCAAAUGCCAGAAUCCAAGGCUACAUAUCUCACCGAAUUGCACGUGAACAGCAAAUUCUAAAUGUUUUCCAAAAGAAUGCUGGAAAAUCAUAUACAUCUUCAGAGCUUGUAAAGAUGGUAUACAAGGAGAUCCCUGACAAUUUACUUCGAGCGGCAGAAAAUAACCUCCUAGUCCACUUGAAGAAGUUGGAAAAAGAAGGAAAAGUUUUACAUGAGUCGUCUCCCAGCUUCAGGUGGAAAAACAAUUUAUAA